AUGCUGGACAGACUCCCCCUAGAAAUUUUGCAAAUGGUUGUGCACCAUGUGCCAAGCACCAAGGACCUCGUGCUUUUGUCUGAGGUAUCUAAACAGCUGCAUCGGAUCAUUUUGCCCUUUCUCUGCGCCAAAGUGGUCAUUUCAGUACCCGAGCAUCACUUAGACCAGGUGACGAUUAGUCCCAUGAAAACCUAUUUCAAGGAAGACGGAUCCAGAGAUACCUUCAAUAGCCUUGAAUUCUUGAAAAAUGUGCAACUGGUCGCUCCAUUAAAUGACCUCAGAAGGAACAGGUGCUACCGGGGCGAAGUCCCACUCCUACCAGUCGAAUAUGAUGACUCUCUCGGCGACGAGGAAGAAUUUGACGUGUGGGAAGAAGAGAAAAACAGACGACGUCCUCAUGACGUGAUGAUGACUAAUCUUGCCAAUGUCGUGAAAGAACUUCUCUCUCAUAUCCCAAAAAAUACUUUGAGAGGCUUUUCUUGGAAUCUGGGAUGCUGCGUUCCUGACCAAAUCUUUGGUGAAGAAGGUUUUCUGAAUUUCGACCAGAAUGCAAUCCAAGAUCUGUCACUGACUACUGACGGGUCAUGUCCAAGUCCGGAAUGGGAGCAUCUCGAGGGUCUCUCUGACCUCCGGCACCUGCGACGUUUGUCGUGGAAAGGUCUAAAUCCCAAUCAUAGCCAAAUACUUCUUCGUCACACCCUGAUGGCGAAUUGUGCACAUCUCGAAUGUCUAGAACUGGAGCCGAUCGGGUGUGGAGAAGCUUACGUGCACGUUGAAGAAAUCAUUGGCGACACUGAUGUACUUAGGGAUGCAUUCCAUUUCAAUAAUCUCCGACAUCUGUCUUUGACUAAAGUUGCGCUCGCUGCGCCAUGUGCACGAAUGGCAACUACAUUUUGCAUAGAGCAAUUGCAGUCAUUGAGAUUGCGUGAUUGUGACCAAACACUGGAGUUUCUUGAGGGACUUACGGAAUCGUCUCUCAUCAUCAAACUACGGUCGUUUGAGGUUGCCAUCGACGAGGAAGCGUAUCUUCAAACUUAUUACGAAGACAACAAACCACAUCCGAUCGAAUCGUUCCUGCUGUCUUUUCAGGGCCUUGAAGAACUGUCGAUUUCAAUUUCAAACACGUUCCACCCGGUAAACCCUAUCACUGACCCUAUCUGCCACCAUCGAGACACACUAAGACGGUUGGUAUAUCACGAAGAGGGGAAUGAGGUUCACAGGGAAAGUGAAGGCCCGCUUGCAUGGAAACUUUUCAUCAACCGCAUAGUUGAGGGAAUGGAUUUGGAGUGCAUUGGAUUCUUCUUGUCUCCUUCUCUUUUGAUACCGAGGCCUGAAAGAAGCAUCGCGGCUCAAACAAUUAAGCUUUUCCAUUUUAGGGAACCUGGAUGUGUGCCAUACACCAACGCUCUGUUUGAGUUUGCGAACUGGGCAUUUGGUCCACAUGGUCUUCAUAAUCUCUUGGUCAUUGCACAUGGUGACUUUUCGCAUGGUACUCGGUUUGAGCGGACUCAGAUCCUUAUGGGCCGUAAUUGUGAGCAAUCCAGCGGACAUUUUCGGGUCAUAUCUCGCGAUCAGCGCGACGAAUGGCUCAAUCGGAUUGAUGGCGCACAUGAGAUGUUGUGUGUCUGUCCACAGGAGGUUACCUUGGGCGUCGGGCGUAAUUUGUGGGACAUGGACAUGGAGGUGAAUUCGGACACGGAGGAGGAUUCGGACAUGGAGGAGGAUUCAGACAUGGAGGAGGAUUCAGACAUGGAGGAGGAUUCAGACAUGGAGGAGGAUUCAGACAUGGAGGUAGAUUAUGUCGAGAUAGAUACCGAUAGUUCAAACUCGGAUUAA